AGGGGGAGGGAGAGAAUCCUCAAGCAAACGCCCCACUGAGCUCGGAGUAGGACGCCAGUCUCGAUCCCAGGACCCUGAGGUCAUGACUUGAGCCAAAACCAAGAGUCAGACACUUAACUGACUGAGCCACCUAGGUGCCCCAUAACCAGAAUAUUUUUCAAUGCUUAAAUGGAUUUUUAAGCCAAUGCCAGUUGGCUUUAUACAUUCUUAGUGGGGAGUGGGCUACUGUAGGAAAGUGACAUUUUGGGGGGAGGUAAUAUCACAUAGAGCAGUUUCAGGACUAUUUAUGGUAUUUUCUUAUGCUUUUCAACAAUGGAAUUCAGUGAUUCACUUGUUAUUUUAUCCAGAAGGAACUUGUGCAAAAUCUCUACCCGAUGUCAAUUUUCUUUUCAGGUGACUUUUCAGAUCACCCCUCCAUGUACCCGUGAGAGGCAUUAUGAGCAUUUCGGACGAUGCUGUAACAAAUGUGAACCAGGAAAGUACAUGUCUUCUAAAUGCACUACUACCUCGGAAAGUAUAUGCCUGCCCUGUGGCCCAGAUGAAUACUUAGACACCUGGAAUGAGGAAGAUAAAUGCUUGCUGCAUAAAGUUUGCGACACGGGCAAGGCCCUGGUGGCGGUGGAGCCUGGCAACCGGACGGCCCCGCGGCGCUGCGCCUGCACGGCCGGCUACCACUGGAGCGCCGACUGUGACUGUUGCCGCCGCAACGCGGAGUGCGCCCCGGGCUUCGGCGCCCAGCACCCGGUGCAGCUCAACAAGGACACGAUUUGCGAGCCCUGCCUGGUAGGCUACUUCUCCGAUGCCUUUUCUCCCACAGAGAAAUGCAAACCCUGGACCAACUGUAGCAUUCUUGGGGAGACAGAAGUACAUCAUGGGACUGAUAAAUCAGAUGUGGUUUGUAGUUCUUCUCUGCCAUCUGCAAAGCCGCCAAAAGAACCCCAGAUUUACUUGCCCAGUUUAAUUAUUCUGCUUCUCUUCAUAUCUGUGGCAUUAGUCGCUGCUGUCAUCUUUGGUGUUUACUAUAGGAAAAAAGGGAAAGCACUAACAGCUAAUUUGUGGCACUGGGUCAAUGAGGCUUGCGGCAGCCUAAGUGGAAAUAAGCAGGAGUCCUCAGGCAACAAUUUUAGCAGCACUCAUAUGGAAGCCUCCAGUCAGCGUGAAAUUUGUGAAGGUGUCUUACUGCUGACUCUGGAAGAGAAGAUGUUCUCUGAAGAUAUGUGCUGUCCAGACGGCACUGGUUUCUGUGGGGGUGCGUGUGUAGGCGGGGGGCCCAGCACCCAGGGACAGGGGGCCAGGGUGCUCACUUUGGUCAGCGAGAUCGAGGGGGACCCCUUCCGGCAGAUUCCCACAGAAGACGAAUAUGUGGACAGGACCUCCCAGACCCCAGACUCUUCUUUGCUGUGCCUCACUCAGCCUGGGAGCAAAUCCACACCCCCUUUCCCUGAGCCCCUGGAGGUGGGGGAGAAUGACAGUUUAAGCCAGUGCUUCACUGGGACAGAGAGCCUGGCUGAUUCUGAAAGCUGCCACAUCGCGGAGCCCCUGUGUAGGACUGAUUGGAUUCCCAUAGCCUCCGAAAAGUACUUGCAAAAAGAAGUGGAGAGUGGCCAUUGCCCCCACUGGGCAGCCAGCCCCAGCUCUGCCGAUGGCUGUGCAAACUGUGGAAACUCGCCUGGGGAGGACCGAGAACCCCUCAUGGCUUCCCCAAAAAGCGGACCUUUGCCCCAGUGCGCCUAUGGCAUGGGCCUUCCACCCGAAGAUGCAGCUGAUGGGGCCGGCCAGCCCACGGAUGGGGCUGACGUAAGGCUUCCCAGCUCGACGAGAGGAGGCCCUGGCUCUGGAAGUGCCUCCAGUGACCAGCCACCAGCAUCUGGUAAGUGGUGUUCCUGGUUGCCUGCUUCUGAGCAAAAGAGCUGUUCUUGGAGCAGUGUCUGCAGGCAAGUGUCACAGACGAUUUGGGGAAGAAAGACGCUAACAUGGGGAAGAUUCCACUGGAACCUUUUCUCCUGAUAGGCCUCUUUGCAGGCUGGGUUUUGAUUCAAUCCCCAUGUUGAGUCUGUGGAUUGUGCCCCCUGCCGUGUGACUUUGUCCCCCACCCCGGGGGCCGUCUCCUCGCUUCCAGGGGCCCCACGCCCAGCACUGACUCUCUGAAGGCCAUUUCAGCAUCGACCUCGGGAUUGGCUGUGUUGAGGCAUUCCCGCGGAUCUCUGGGUUUUGUUUUGUUUUUAAAGCAGCCUAUACCUCAAAUCUCCCCUGAGAGAGCUUUUAUAAUUGUCAGGGGGACAAAUGACAUUGUUUAGUUAAUCCUUAAUUAAUUAAUUUUUAUUCAGAGUAGCUUGUUGGUUCUAUACCAAAUUAAUGAUGCUGUAAAACUGUCCUUUCAUGCUUUAUAUGAGAAGCCCCUUUUACAACCACUGCAUAUAAUGUAUUUAUGGAACCAGGAGGAUCAUUUUACAAUUUAAAAUCAUUAUAGAGAUUUAUCGCUGCA